GCGACUUUGAUUGGUUUGUUAACCCAUACAAAAAGAUGCAGACGGUAUCAGUUGACGAAACCAAGAACACGGUGGUGAUACGGGCGGAGCACAAGAACGAAGAAGGUCGGAAAUCUGUUGAUAAGUUCGAACUGAAGACACGUAAUCCGGAGACGAUCAAGAGCGUUGAGAGGAAGCUUAUGGAGAAAGGUGUUCAACGGAUGGAUCGUCAUCCUUCCGAUGGGAUUCCUCUCAGGCGACCGCCGCCGAAGUCAGGUCACGGUGGGAAGUACACGUGGGAAGGACCUGAUCGGAUGGAGGAUUACGAGAUGCAGCCGGAUCCACCGGCGAUGGAUGAAGGAGAUCCUAAUUAUGAUGAGGAACAGGCGAAGAAGAUUGAUGGUGACGUGGCGGUGGAGCUUGUGAAAGGAGAGGUUGAGGUGGCGAAGGAAGCGCCGGCUGGUGUGGCGAGGGUUGAGGUUGAUCCACGCUUGGUCAGUCUUUGAGUGUGUUUGAUAGAGCAUGAAGAAAAAUGUUGGGGCGAAUAUGAGAAAAAGGAAAACAUGUGGGGGUUUAAUUUUUAAUUUCGAGUUGUUGACAUGUGAUGAUGUUUUAGUGUAAUGACGUGGAACUAUCUCUGUAAAAAAUAAUAAUUGAUCUGAUUGCAU